AUGGAUGACUUGGAAAGCAAGAACCGGGUUGCCUCCUUGAUCAUUCGGGGUGCCCCAUACUUCGUAUUUAAUAAAAGCUGCAGCCAGGGCUGUGCCGGCACACCGCGUGUUGCAUUCUCGGAUGGCAGCCACUGCAUGGAGUCAGGCAUGGUUAAGAAGAGAGACGGGGAAGAUCAGGGCGGGCAAGCGAUUGCUCAGGGUCCUUAG